ACACACUGUGCAUGCGCUUGUGACGAGCGGUCAAGCCUCGGGAUUCAUGAGAUAAGCCCGACUUGGCAUCUUAGGCCAGCCCUCGACCACUACCUACGCUUGCCUCUAUCUCCAUCAUCCAACUUUCUUGAUGUUUCGCUGGUUGUAAAUAUCUGCGUCCCUUGUGCUUAGACUUCUAAGUUCCAACGCAAACAUGACUGAUGAGGUUGUGGUUCCGCGAUGGCAGCCGGACGAUGAGCUCUCAGCAUGCUCGAUAUGCGGGAAUGCCUUUACCUUUCUCAACCGAAGACAUCACUGUAGAAGAUGCGGGAGACUUGUAUGCGGGCCUUGUUCGCCCCACCGCAUCACGAUACCUCGCCAAUAUAUUGUACACCCUCCGGAAGAAGCACUGAACCUCGAUGAUAAUACUAGGAGCCGGAGCAAUACAGGAUCUUCCGACUACUCCGAAAAUCCGGCCCUGGGCGGCGGCGAGACUGUCCGGGUCUGUAACCCAUGUGUGCCCGAUCCCAAUUAUGGACCACCACCUCAGCAGCAGGAAGAACAGAUAUCACCGCCACCGACAACUCGGUCACGUGCACAGACUUUUGCUGCCAAUGAAGGGACCACGCAAGGAAUAAGUUUUGCUAGGAUGUUUGGAUCAUUGAAUACAUCAGAAUCUGGUCAGACUACGUGUCAAUCUGCGCCUCACAAUGCUCGAAGUUUGAGCGAGUUCACGGCUACGGCCCCUCAGCCAGCAGAAAGACGGGCCUCUUAUCGACCGCAUUUACAUACAGCGAGAUAUCAAGCUCUGAACAGUGUGCCGCAGAGACCAAGGUCAUCGACUCAAGGGCUCCGCACUCGUUCAGACAAUGAUACGGCACAUUCAUCAAGGUCACGAUACCGCUCGACUUCCUACACGACGACGAACAUUGCAGCCGCCCAGGAGGCACAAACUCGAGCGCAGCAGCCGCGAACCCAGGAGGCGCUGAGUGAAGAAGAUGAGUGCCCUGUUUGUGGUACCAGAGCGCAUCCCUUCGGCACGAGUGACAGCAGUGGCACGAGCGAGGAGCGUGAACGACACGUCGAGUUUUGCAUUUCAAGUCAUCUAGCAGGACCCAGUCAUGUAGAGACGCCAGCAGAAGCGGGGACCGGAGAGACAGAGACUGUGCCCGUUGGCAGUAUACCUCAACGAGCAGCGUCUAUGCUGGGGGCGAACACGGCGAGACAUCGCAUGCUAAUAUAUCAUGCGACUGAAAAGGACUGCUUUGACGAAGAAGGACAGGCACAAGAGUGUGUGAUCUGCUUCGAAGAGUUCGAGGAGGGUGUCGAGAUGGGCAGGUUGGAGUGCCUGUGCAAGUUCCAUCGAGCAUGCAUCAAAGGAUGGAUGGAAACCCGAGGCCGAGGCACGUGUCCAACACACCAAUUGCAUGAUUGAGGGACACGAUGAGAUUGGAUCGAUGUACUGUACCCUUUCAUUUCGAGCUACCUACCUAGUCUAUCGAAUUCAAAGAAUUCACUACAUGGGUGCAGAGUUGAGAUGGAAGAUGUGGUGAUGGCG